AUAAACAACAUGAAGUUGGCCAUCAUCGCUAUCCUUGCUACCUUGGCCGCCUCUGCCCCUCAAGACAGCUACAGAGCUCCGCAUCAGGAAUCCAGGGAGGACGAGGUGGUGCCCAUCCUGAGGGACGAACGAGUCCAUGAUGAAGAUGGAAAAUUCAACUUCGAAAUUGAGACUGGCAAUGGCAUUAGCAUAUCUCAAGCCGGCUUACCAGACGAUGAUUCUGGAGCGGUAAUUAAGGCUGGAAAGUACUCAUACACUGCCCCUGACGGAACUCUGGUUGAAGUAAAGUUCGUAGCUGACGAAAAUGGAUUCCAGCCUCACUCUGACCAUCUGCCAGUGGCUCCCGAGUUCCCUCACCCAAUCCCUCAGUUCGUACUUGACCAGAUUAUCAAGGCUGCUGCAGAGGAUGCUGCUCGUGCUGAGGAUACUAGCUCAUCAGAGGAAGGCGCUGACUAUCCCUCGGUCAGUUCUCCCAAUCGUGUUUACGGUGUUCCACACUAACUCUUGCAGUCUGAUAAUUUAUCUCGUAUUUAUUGUUUUUAAACUUAUUUCAGUAAAAGAUUAAACAA